UUGCGAACACACUUUUACCACAAAGAUCAAGGCUUGAAAUCUUUGACACGAUGCAAGAAUCAAAUUCGCAACUACGAAUCGAGGACGUCAAAGUCACUUCGGUAGAGAAGCGCAAACGCCACGGCAGCAAAAACUUUGAAUUUGUUCUGAGCGUUCGUUGGUCCAGUGGAGUAGAGAACAUUAUAUAUCGUCAGUAUAGCAUGUUCUUUGACCUUCAGGAAGGACUCAAACUCAUUCUGCAAGACAAGUACCAAGUAGCCAUUCCAGAUUUACCAGUUCCCAAAGUUCCUGGGCGCGCCCUCUUUUCGUCAGUAGCCAAGAAGGAAUGCAGAGUUGUUGAGGAGUUUUGUCAGAGAAUCAUCCAUCUACCGAGUACAGUAUCAGCGUCUGAAAUAGUGCUAAAGUUUUUCAGUGAAUGGGGUACAGAUGCAGUGAACAAUCAGAACCAGUCGCCCAACAACCGAACUCAACAAGCACGACAAUCUAAGGACAAACACGAGGAGCACGUGUUGGAUCACGUGACGGAUAAUGUGGUUGAGAGGUACCGUGCUGUGGCGAGGUACAUGGCCAGUAGCAGUGGAGAGAUGACUCUUGGCGAGGGCGAGGUGGUUACAGUGAUAGAAAAAAAUCUGACAGGAUGGUGGCUUGUCGCUAAUGAUCGCGGUCAGCACGGGUUCGCUCCUGCCACCUUCCUCGACCCGCUAGACCCAACGCGUGCUUGUGAAGCGGAGGAAUGGGUCGAUUAUGAUGGAGAUACGAGGCUUUGGAGGUCUAUUGAGGCAUACACGGCGCAGAGUGAGGAUGAAGUCAGUUACGGCAUCGGGGAAGAGAUGGAAGUCAUUGCAACCAGUAACUGUGGCUGGUGGAAAGUAAGAUGCCAUGGUAAAGUAGGAGUUACACCCGCGUCAAACUUAACACCUAAACAAGAUGAAGCGGAAACCACAGAGGUCGAGUACGCCACAAUCAGGGAUAGGGUAGCGUCGUUCACGGUAACGAGUCCUAUCUACGCUAGUAUAAAAAGGCCCCCGCCACGAAGAGACUCGUCAAGAAAGAAAGAUGUGGUCUCACGCCCACCGCUGAGCAAUGAUGAAAGUGUCGUCGCAUAUGCCACUGUGGAGAUCUUGCAAGGGCCUCCCUCCUAUUCAAAAAGCAAUGAAAAUGUCCCUGAAUAUGCCACAGUUAUCCCAAAACAUUUAAGAAAAAAGAGGACGGAUGCUUUGGUGGAAGAUAAGAAGGAAGCCGAAAGUGUUCUAUCGGUCCCUCCUCCCCUUGUCAACCCGCAGGACAGCGAUGGAACCACAAUCCAGAAAAGCGUGUGGCAGCGGAGUCGUUCUCAAGGCGAUGAUGGCUUUGUCGGUAGCCAUGGUUACUUAAACGUUUCACAUGGUCUAGACGUGAUGCUUGAUCUCUAUGAGACUGUCACAUGUUAUAAGGCGCCCGCCGAUAGACCUGAAGACCUGAGUCUGGCUGGGGGCAUCAUUGUGCGGGCGCUUAGUCGGGAUGGCCCUUUCUAUCUCGUGUCUACAAUAGAGUUCCCGUCUCGGCAAGGCUGGGUACCAGAUUACGUACUGAAAAAGAAAACUAAAACGAGCGGACACCGGAGGUCACGUAGCGUCAGUGACCUACACUCUCAUAUAGUCGAGAUUACAGAAGACCAAAGACUGCCUGAAGCCCACGCCCGGGCGCCUGCGCCAACAACAAGGAAAAAGUGCGAUGCACCUCGUCACCACUCCUUUGACGUCGGUAUGACAGAGGUUCCGUACGAGGAGAUGGAUGCCUUCUCGGCCAAAAACGAAGGUACUCAAACAUGGUUCCAUGGGAAGAUGAAGCGGCGGGAUUGCGAAGAUGUAAUGCUUAAGCACGCCAACGAGCUCGAGUUUCUUGUACGAGAAAGUCAACAAAAGUUUGCAUCAUUUGUGCUGUCAGUAAAAUACUCUGGAAAAAUUCGACAUUUUCCAAUCGAGUUGACCCCGAGUAAAAGGUUCGUGAUUGGGAAACAUGCAUUCGGAAGCCUAAAAGAAAUCGUGGACUUCUACAGAUCAAACCCACUCUUCUACACGCAAAGCAAGACCCCAGUCUUUCUCGGCUUACCUUUCAAGGAUAGUUAGCGGUACUGUUCCCAUACUAACACGUCUUUACCCUGUGUUGCAAACACAUCUAUACCAAUUUCCUAAUCCAGCACAUCAGUAACAUGUCCCAUUUCCAACACAUCUGGGGCCUGUUCCUGGAAAGCAGGUUAGCGCUAACCCAGGGAUAAAUACGGUAAAUAUCUUGACAUUUGAUUGGAUAACAGGAGCAUUCAUCCUAGAUUAGCGCUAACCUGCUUCCCAGGAUCCGGCUCCUGUACCAUAUUCCUAUUCCCAAUUGAUACCUUGUUCCUAUUCCAACACAUCUAUACCAUUUUUCUAUUCCAACACAUCUACUCUCUGUACCAUACACAACAACAUAGGCUACUUUGUGGCUGUGAAUAAUCCGUGAUCAAUAUUGGCCGCCCAAUUUAGCGACUAGUAACCGAGAGCCAAUACAUCAUCUUUGCAUCUAUUAGUAUAGAGGUCACGCGCCAAAUUAGAUUUACAGUUUCACCCACAAAAACAACUGUAAUUAAAAAAAGGAUAUAUAUUUUAAAAGCGGAGCAAAAAUUGUUAAAAUCUAUACUGAUGAAUAAAGAUAUGUAUAUAUA